UUGCAUGCCUUACACUAUUUCAGCCUUUAACUCUUGUUUUCAGUUUUCUGACUUUCAGAUUUUAGUAUUUUGGAGUCUAGAUGGCACAUAACCUAGCAUUUUCCUCAACAGACAGGAAUUUAUUAAGCUUUAAAUAUAUGUGACGUACACCCUGAGGAAGUUAAAAGCCUCUAUUGAAGAGUUCGUUAAGCUUCAGGAGCCGUGUUUAAAAGCCCGUGUAAAAGACUGCGCUUUGUGUACAGUGUUUAUUCUCAUCUGGGACAGAUUUAGUGAAAUGAAGUUAGUUGUGUAAUGAAAAGGGAAAGACGCAAAGACUCGAGGACUCGAGGACUCAAGGCCAGACUCCACGCCUCCAUCCUCAGUCUCAUCCAAACACUGCAGAAAGAAUGGGAGCAUUUUGUGUGGCUCCGGCCGGUGCUCUGAAUUCCUUCCAUGCUUAAAGGAAACUGAGAAGCUGCUCACACACAUACACACACACACACACACACACACACUCAUUACAACCUGCUUUGGGAAGCACUGGAAGAUUUCACACAUCUUUGUUCCAACAAGACAGGCCCGAGGGAUUUUUGUUUUUUUGUCUUUUACAGAUGAAUGAAUAAGAGUCUGGGAGAGUGUGCAACAAAGACAGAGAGAGAGAGAGAGAGAGAGAGAGAGAGAGAGAGAGUUAACGCUCGGUUAAAACAACCCGUGGAAGUGGGAGGUGGGAAGAGAGUUUCCUGUUGUUGGACGAGAUCAGUCAGGACAGAGCGAGCAAGCAGCACAGAGAGACAGAAAGUACAGACAGAGAGAACGAGAGAGCAGAAGAUGGGGUUAGCUGUGCUCCUGCUUGCUGCGUUGGCAUUGCCGUGUGUGUCCUGGGCUGAGACCGAAGAAAACAGCACCGCACUCGCCCAGGACCAGACCGCUCAGGAUAUUCAGAGUGACUCAGAUGGGGUGAGAGGGAGAGGAGACACUCCGGAUAUCGAGGAGCCCGAGCCGACGGCUGCCGAGUCCGACUACGAGAGCAACUACAACUACUUGUUGUCCAGGCUGGCGGCGAUGGACCAGGCCAUCCAUAAGCUGAACGUGGGCCACUACACGCUGGACGUGAAGGUGAGCCAGCUGCUGGAUAGGCUGCUGCGGCUGGAGGGCAAAGUGGCCGAUGUUGAGGACUCCAUCCACGACGUCUCGAACUUCUGCAAGGACAACCGCAAAGAAAUCGGCCGCCUGGAAGGUUGCGUUAAGGGCCGGAAGGUGGGCCAGAAGUGCUUCCUGGUGUACCGCGUGUACGACACCUACGUUGGCGCUUCUCAGAAAUGCCAGGAGCGCGGAGGACGCAUGGCAAUGCCGCGGGACCGGCGUGAACAAGAGGCUCUGGCUGAGUAUGUGAAGCUGGCGUUACCAGGCAGUAACUGGCCCGUGUGGCUGGGCAUUAAUGACCUGCGCUCUGAGGGGCUCUACCUGUUCGACGACGGCACACGGGUCACCUACUUCCAGUGGAGGAAGCACUUCCUGUCCAGCCAACCGGACGGCGGGAAACGGGAGAACUGCGUCGCCAUGUCCUCCGACGACGGGGACUGGUGGGACAACUACUGCGACCGGCGCAUGUACUACCUGUGCGAGUUUGAGGCUUGACCUUUGACUCUGAAGUGUUCCUGUAGUGUUCUGGGUUGGAGCCCAAUGUCAUAUAACUCAAAUUUAAAGGAGCAGUUUGUAAAUUUUUUUCAACCUUCUGCUGCCUUCUUCCACAAACCACCACCAACCCUCUGUUGAAACGACAUAUUUCUUAUGAGUUGCAGAGCUGAGCAGCUGUCUUCCAGCUGGGGGGGCGGAGCUAAUUUCAGGGCCAGAAAUAUGUAAACCAAAGCCUGAAAUGAAGAAACUAACCAGAUCCUUUGAAUGGCAGUUGAAUGGCGAUGUCUCUCUUUUCUUCAAUAGUUCAAAACAAUGUAGAAAUAUUACUUUCUCUGAUUUUCACUGCUAAAAUACGUGACACACUGUACUUUUUUUCUUCGAUGACGUCAUUAUUAUAUAAAGACUUUUUUUUUUUUUUUAAUCACAUGCAUACUGUCAUGCUGUCUGUAAUAACGUCCCACCUUCUACUUAGGGAACGUAGUUAGAUGAGGGUAUUUUUAACUCUUUAUGUAAGUCUACCUAGAGCAGCUACUUCGUUUGUUUACUUGCAAUUUGCCGCACAUGGAGUUAAUGAUUAAAAAGUAUUCUUUGUUACAAAAAGGUGAAAGGGGUUCCUGAUUACUUUGGCUGGAUUCAAAUAAAACCUUAUUUAAUUUGAAUCAGA